CACACCAAUGCAACCUUUAAGCCAUGCAGCUUUCUUCUCUAUGGCGACAUAGUUUAUGGCUCCCAUCGUUGCCAAAGCCCAGUACCUCAGCUGUGCGCUUUGUUUUGCUUACGUGUAUUGGCUCGCUUCUCGUGUACGUUGGGGGCAAGACUGUAGGAUUCAUUGUGCAGCUUUUUGAGAUCAGUUCCGUUGAAGUCCAGAAAUUCAUUAAAGUCAUCGCGGCGCUCUUGAAUCGGCCAAACUUAGACCUCGAGUUCCUUCCCCAGGAGUUUGAGGACCUGACACCCAGUCCCGCGGGCGUAUACUCUUACGCCCCCGGCAGCUACCACCCCAUCCUCUUCCGUCGAUCACCCCACGAGGCAGGCGCCUGGCAGUGGAGUGACGACGGAGAGCUAUGGCUAGCCACUGACGCGUUCCAGGAGAGCCCCAACGGCGUGCCUGAGCCGCCCGCGCUCAUCUUCAUCCUGCGGCUGCACGUGGAGCACCUCAUCCGCCGCCGCCUGGCCAACCCGGCCGCGCGGCACCGCCGACUGCCGCCGCCGCUGGAUGUGGGCGCUGACGGCGUGGGGCCGCCAGGGGGCCGGUCGGUGGACGCGGCGCCUGACUUGCUGUGCUGCCCCAUCUCGCACGGGCUGAUGCGGGUGCCGGUGGUGGCGCCCAGCGGGACCACCUUUGAGUACGAAUACAUCAGGAAGUGGGCCCAGCAGCACAACACGGACCCGGUCAACGGCGCCCCGCUCGCGGAGGCGGACCUGUACCCCAACCUGGCGCUGAGGGACAUCAUAGAGCGCUGGCUGGGGCAGGGCAGGACAGCUGCGGGUGAGACCGCGGGUCAAGUGACCCAUGGGUCAUCCGACACGCUGCCAGCAAACCUUGUAGACUUGAGUUAGCUCCUUUGUCCUUUUUUCUUGGAGUAACAGGCAGAGACGCUGGGGAUCCGUAACACCGUAACCAAUUGUGGCAAGUUUUGGUGUCUGGGUGCUUGCGCAUAUUUAGGUGACGGCGUAUGUCGGUAUGCUCCUGCCGACCUAUAGACACGUGUUGCCCUCUUGUCAAAAACGGUGAGGCCUAGGUGUAGAAGGCAUGGGAAGCACAGCGAAAACGGCGUUGGCGUGCCUGUUGCUUUGUGCACUGCUCCAGACUUGACUUGGGGGCAGUUGCCGAGGUCAUUGUCGACCAGGCGGAAAGCUUGCAGCAGCAGCUGCAGCAGCAGCAGGGUUGCGGCACCACCGUCUCCACCGGAAGCCGUGUGGUGGUUGGAGCACAGGGCAGUCGGUGGUGUGCUGUGUUGGGGCGCGUUUGCCUCUUGUACUACCAUAGAUGAAAAGUUGCAUUGCCAUAUUGUGACGCCAAAUGUAACUGUAAUGGUGCCGCACUGCCGUUCAUUUUUCUCGUGGGCUUUACGGGCCGUGUUUUAUACCUGUUAAGGCG